GGGGGACGUGCAGAGACUUCUUUGUGCCUUCGGAGCUGCGAGCCAGGAAGUUAAAGAUGGGCCCGGAGGCUCUGGGUUGGCUGCCCCACAGAGGGCCCGAGGAGGAAGCGGGAUCGGGCUCUGGGGCGGGCGCGAGGAGCCCGGCUCCCUGGGGAGGCCGAGCCAGAGCAGUGUCAGCGGCAGGAGGAAGGCUUUGGACGUCGUGGGGCCAGCUCUGUCCUCGCAGGAAAAACCUUGCCUUCCAAGAUUUAGGUUGAGAACGGAGCUUGGCAUCCAGUCAGCCAAGGACCCCGCUCCAGGCCCUCGGUCGGGCCCCAUCCUGGACAUGCCCGUUCCCUCCAGCUUCAAUGAUGUGGGCCAGGAUGGCCGGCUACGUCGCUUUGUCGGCUGGGUGUGGUACGAGCGGGAGGCAAUCCUGCCCCAGCGGUGGACCCAGGACCCGGGCACAAGAGUGGUGCUUAGGAUUGGCAGCGCCCACUACUAUGCCAUUGUGUGGGUGAACGGGGUUCAUGUGGCAGAGCAUGAGGGGGGCCAUCUCCCCUUUGAGGCCGACAUCAGCAAGAUGGUCCAGACUGGGCCCCUGUCCUCCUGCCGUAUUACCAUCGCCAUCAACAACACUCUCACCCCCCACACCCUUCCACCAGGGACCAUCCUGUACAAGACGGAUACCUCCAAGUACCCCAAAGGUUACUUUGUCCAGAACACAAACUUCGACUUCUUCAACUAUGCGGGACUGCAUCGGUCUGUGCUCCUCUACACCACACCUACCACCUACAUUGAUGACAUCACCGUCACCCCUGGUGUGGACCAAGACACUGGGCUGGUGAACUACCAGAUUUUCAUUCAGGGCAGCGAACACUUCCAGCUGGAAGUGCGCCUUCUGGAUAAAGAAGGCAAAGUCGUGGCCCAGGGGACAGGAGGCCAGGGCCAGCUGCAGGUGCCCAGUGCCUACCUCUGGUGGCCGUACCUGAUGCAUGAGCACCCUGCCUACCUGUACUCAUUGGAGGUGAGGCUGACUGCACAGAUGGCAGCUGGGCCUGUGUCUGACUUUUACACCCUCCCUGUGGGGAUUCGCACUGUGGCUGUCACAGAAAGCCAGUUCCUCAUCAAUGGGAAACCUUUCUAUUUCCACGGGGUCAACAAGCAUGAGGAUGCAGAUAUCCGAGGGAAGGGCUUUGACUGGCCACUGCUGGUGAAGGACUUCAACCUGCUUCUCUGGCUUGGUGCCAAUGCGCUCCGAACCAGCCACUAUCCAUACGCAGAGGAGGUGAUGCAGCUCUGUGAUCACUCUGGGAUUGUGGUCAUCGACGAGAGUCCUGGCGUGGGCAUCGUGCUGACCCAGAGCUACAGCAAUGUGUCUCUGCAGCACCACCUGGAGGUGAUGGAGGAGUUGGUGCGCAGGGACAAGAACCACCCGGCUGUGGUGAUGUGGUCUGUGGCCAAUGAGCCCACUUCCUUUCUGAAACCUGCUGGCUACUACUUCAAGACACUGAUUGCCCACACCAAAGCCUUGGACCCCUCCCGGCCUGUGACCUUUGUGACCAACUCCAACUUUGAAGCAGACCUGGGGGCACCGUAUGUGGAUGUCAUCUGUGUGAACAGUUACUACUCCUGGUACCAUGACUAUGGGCACAUGGAGGUGAUUCAGCUGCAGUUGGUGACCCAGUUUGAGAACUGGUACAGGACCUAUCAGAAACCGAUCAUUCAGAGCGAGUACGGAGCAGAAACCAUUGCAGGGUUUCACCAGGAUCCACCUCUGAUGUUCAGUGAAGAGUACCAGAAAGGUCUGCUAGAGCAGUACCAUGUGGUUCUGGAUCAGAAACGCAAGGAAUAUGUGGUUGGGGAGCUCAUCUGGAAUUUUGCUGAUUUCAUGACUGACCAGUCGCCACAGAGAGCAAUUGGGAAUAAAAAGGGGAUCUUCACUCGUCAGAGACAACCAAAAGGUGCAGCAUUUCUUUUAAGAGAGAGAUACUGGAAACUUGCCAAUGAAACCAGUGACCACUGGUCAGCUAGGAAGGCACAGUGUUUGGGAAACAGCCUGUUGACUUAAAGCAAGAACUACCUUUCUGCUGAGAGCAUCUCUGCCAACCUUUCUCCCCAAGGGCCAACUUCCACAGCAAACAGCAAGUGUUUCCUGGACUGUGCGUCAUAGACUGGAAAGUUUCUGAUCUGGAUUUUGUAGUAAUUUGCUAGAAGGGAACAUUAGAGGUGAAAAUAAAGGCUUUUGUAGUAUGAGAGUAAA